AAAUGUUUUGGACCGUCGAUCUGAAUCUUUUUAAGUUACAACCGUUGAUUUGCUAGUAAGUUCAUUACCUCCUUCCUCGGUCUCACUUUGCUCUCAAAAUCAUCGAUUCAGUUGCAAAAUGUUUCUCAAGGUGCAGUUGCCAUGGAAUGUCAUAAUUCCUGCUGACAGCUUGGAUACCAAAGGCUUGAUGCUCCAAAAGGCUAUAGUGGUCCGCCUUUUGGAUGAAUUUGCUCGGAAGAAGGCCACCAAGGAUCUUGGAUAUUUCAUGGCUGUCACAACUCUGGAGAGCAUUGGGGAGGGCAGAGUUAGACAGAACACUGGGGAUGUGCUUUUCCCUGUUGUCUUCAGUGGAAUCACCUUCAAGAUGUUCAGAGGAGAGAUUUUGGAAGGAGUUGUACACAAGGUACUAAAACAUGGAGUUUUCUUGAAGUGUGGACCAAUCCAGAACAUCUAUCUGUCUCACAUAAAAAUGCCCGACUACCAUUAUGUGCCUGGAGAGAACGCUCUCUUCAUGAAUGACAAGCACUCAAAGAUUGAGAAGGAUGUUGUCAUCCGAUUUAUUGUGAUCGGAACAAAGUGGAUGGAAGCAGAGAGGGAAUUUCAGGCAUUGGUAAGUUUGGAAGGUGACUACUUAGGACCAGUUUCCUGAAUAUAACUUUUGUUUCGUCUCUGUAUGAUUCGGAUGUACUUGUUACUGCUUUCUUAGGAAGUAGUUGACAGUAGGAGUGUUGGAUGUUGAACUAUUCUACUUGUUGUAAAUUCGAUUGGACAAAGAUGUUGAAUUCUAGAGCUUACUUAUGGUGUUAGCUUUGUAUAACUUGGUUUGGUUAAGUCGGUUUGUGGUUUUUUAAGUUUUUUUAAAACUGAAUUGAAUCGACCAACUGAACAAUUGCUUACCCCCACUCAAGUCUAGCUUUCCAUUUUAGAAGGGUUUUGGUUUCAAUGGAUGGAGCAGUAGCUAAAGAAGUAGUUUGAAAGGAUACCAAUUACCAAGGCAAAGACUAGUGUCGAUUGAAGCAAUGCAAGGAUGAGAAAGAAGAAAAGUUGGGACAUAGACAAGAUGAUACCAUUGUUAGAUUGAUCGAAAAAGCUUUGUUGCACAAAAUUACCUUUGGCUUGCACACACAGCUAUUUAUGUAAGCUGUGAAUCCAUUUUUUUUCUCAUGUUUUAGUACUUUAUGCUUCUAAGCUCAUUCUUUUGUUUCUUAAUCAAA